AUUGACGCUGAAGACAACGAAAGGCAAGAUCUCCUGUCUUCUUUCCCAAAGACAUGUGAGUUUAUCGAUGAAGCGCUGCAGUCGGGUGCUAAUGUCUUUGUGCACUGUGCGUUGGGAGUGAGUCGAAGCGCGAGCGUGGCGACUGCGUAUUUGAUGUGGAAGUUUGGGGUUGGGAGGGAGGAGGCGUUGGAGUGGGUUAGGGAGGGGAGGGGGGUUGGGAGGCCGAAUGAGGGGUUUUGGGAGCAGUUGGGACGGUGG